CUCAUUGCAAGGCGAGAGCUCUGAGUUCCGGUGUAUGAGAAAGAGACGUGGCGAAAUUGCUGUAUAUCUCUGCCCUAUAAGCAUACCUUUCCUUUACACUGAAGGGAACCAAGACAUCAAAAAGGCUGCGCAAACCAUGCAGGAUGAUUUACUGAUGGACAAAAGCAAAGCCCAGCCCCAGCAGCAGCGGCAGCAGCAGCAAGAUCCAAACGCAGCAGAAGCCCCUUCUACGCCCAUCACGUCAGAGACACCCAAACAGGAGGACAGCAGCCCAGUGACUAGCAUCGGCUCAGCAGCUCCUGCCCAAAAUAGCAAGGAAAAGAUGCAGAUGGAGUCCCCCAUCUUGCCAGGCUUAAGUUUCCACCAGCCUCAGCAGGAACCUACAGCUGGCACCUCCUUGUCUCCCUCCUUCGGAAGCACCUGGUCUACUGGGACCACAAAUGCAGUGGAUGAUAGCUUUUUCCAAGGGAUUACCCCUGUCAAUGGGACAAUGCUUUUCCAGAAUUUCCCUCACCAUGUAAAUCCAGUUUUUGGUGGCACUUUCUCCCCCCAGAUUGGCCUAGCUCAGACUCAGCACCACCAACAGCAGCAGCAGCAAGCCCAGCAGCAGCAAAGGAGAUCGCCAGUCAGCCCCAAUCAGGCAUCUUUUGCCCAGAGAAAUGCUGCUUAUAGCCAUCAGCCCAUCAUGACCAGCAAACCUUCCUCCUCCUCAGCUUCCACCUCUUCUCCUUCCAGCUGGAAUAACCACCAAAAUGCCGCCUGGAGUACACCUUCCAAUCCUUGGGGCGGGCUGCAAGCUGGCAGGGACCCUCGAAGGGCAGUAGGUGUGGGUGUUGGUGUAGGAGUGGGAGUUGGAGUGCCAUCCCCACUUAAUCCCAUUUCGCCUCUUAAGAAGCCCUUCUCUAGCAAUGUCAUUGCCCCACCAAAGUUUCCACGGGCUGCUCCCCUAACCCCAAAAUCCUGGAUGGAAGACAACGCCUUCAGGACUGACAAUGGUAACAAUCUGUUGCCUUUUCAGGACCGGAAUCGGCCCUAUGAUACUUUUAACUUGCACUCUUUGGAAAAUUCAUUAAUGGAUAUGAUAAGGACUGAUCAUGAGCCUCUUAAAGGUAAACACUACCCUCCCAGUGGCCCACCAAUGAGUUUCGCUGAUAUAAUGUGGAGGAAUCAUUUUACAGGUCGUAUGGGUAUAAAUUUUCAUCAUCCAGGAACAGAUAACAUUAUGGCUCUCAAUACCAGGAGCUAUGGGCGGAGACGAGGUCGUUCUUCACUCUUUCCUUUCGAAGAUGGCUUCUUAGAUGACAGUCAUGGUGACCAGUCUUUAUCAUCAGGUCUUAGCUCUCCAACCCGCUGUCAAAAUGGUGAAAGAGUGGAACGUUAUUCUAGGAAGGUGUUUGUUGGAGGUCUGCCUCCUGACAUUGAUGAAGAUGAAAUCACUGCCAGCUUUCGUAGGUUUGGACCUCUUGUAGUAGACUGGCCUCAUAAAGCUGAAAGCAAGUCAUAUUUUCCACCUAAAGGUUAUGCCUUUCUGCUAUUCCAGGAAGAAAGCUCUGUGCAAGCUCUAAUAGAUGCCUGUCUGGAAGAGGAUGGGAAACUUUAUCUAUGUGUAUCAAGUCCCACUAUCAAGGACAAACCAGUGCAAAUUCGACCUUGGAACUUAAGUGACAGUGACUUUGUAAUGGAUGGCUCUCAACCUUUAGACCCCAGAAAAACUAUUUUUGUUGGAGGAGUCCCACGACCCCUCAGAGCUGUUGAACUAGCAAUGAUUAUGGAUCGUUUGUAUGGAGGAGUCUGCUAUGCUGGCAUUGAUACGGACCCAGAGCUGAAAUACCCAAAAGGUGCUGGUAGAGUGGCUUUCUCCAAUCAGCAGAGCUAUAUUGCUGCUAUAAGUGCUCGCUUUGUCCAGCUCCAACACAAUGACAUUGAUAAACGGGUGGAAGUGAAGCCAUAUGUGCUUGAUGAUCAGAUGUGUGAUGAAUGCCAGGGCACUCGCUGUGGUGGAAAAUUUGCUCCAUUUUUCUGUGCCAAUGUUACCUGCUUGCAGUAUUACUGCGAAUACUGUUGGGCCAGCAUUCACUCUCGUGCUGGGCGAGAGUUCCACAAACCACUCGUGAAGGAAGGGGGGGAUCGGCCACGCCACGUUCCGUUCCGUUGGAGCUGAAGUCUGGGCCUAAAUCCAGCAGCAAAGAAGUACUGGAACUGAAGAAACUGAAGGGAGAAGAGAGUGCUGCCUCAGGGCUUUAGUGUUCUGGAAAUCUGUGCAUUCAUCCUUUACUUUAAUGAAGAGAUGGGUCUUUUUAUUACGA